AUCAAGCUGGACGGCAUCAAGUGUCGUACCUCGUAGCUCCAGCGAGUCAUAGCGCACAGCCUAGCUAUCAGUUCGGUCAUAGAGAAUCUUGCAACCAGGGCAGUCAUUGUGCACGCGUCUGGAGCAAGCGGACGUGCAGCGUUCGAAAAGACGAACCAGAGAAUGAGGGUAGAGCGCAAAAGCACGUCUCCAGAACCGACUUUCCUAGAAAUGAGCUUCUCGUAGGUUGCCCCGCCAAUAAAGGGGCGAUAUCUGCUCCAGGAACUCAUAGGAAAAUGAAACGGCUUUCUCGAAAACUGACUUUGGCUCUGGUGGUGCUUUGUUGGACUGCUGCACUACUGUAUUUGAUACUCCUAAGUAGGCAGCAAGUAUCCGACCUGGGCACCAAAGACACACGUUACAGACAGAUCUCGGAGGCAGAAUGGGACGACCUCCUGGAAGAGUUUGAAGAGAAGAACUACCUCAACGCCAGGCGAUGGAAACCAGGACAAGACCCGUACAAACUGUAUGCCUUCAACCAGAGAGAGAGUGAGAGGAUACCCAGCAACAGAGUUCUCAGAGACACACGACAUUACAGAUGCACCACAUUGCAUUAUAACCCAGAUCUGCCCUCCACCUCCAUCGUCAUCACUUUCCACAACGAGGCCCGCUCCACUCUGCUACGAACCAUCAGGAGUGUGCUGAACAGGACGCCAGUCCACCUGAUUCACGAGAUCAUCCUGGUAGAUGACUACAGUGGGGAUGCAAACGACUGCCUUCUACUCACCAAGUUGCCCAAAGUAAAGUGUCUUCGGAAUGACAGGAGAGAAGGUCUGAUCCGCUCCAGGGUACGUGGGGCGGAUGCAGCGAAGGCCGGUGUCCUGACCUUCCUGGACAGUCACUGUGAGGUCAACAAGGACUGGCUGCCCCCACUGCUCCGGAGGAUAAAGGAGGACCCGACCUGUGUGGUGAGCCCAGUGAUCGACAUCAUCAACAUGGAUACCUUCGCCUACGUAGCAGCCUCCUCUGACCUCCGUGGAGGCUUCGACUGGAGUCUACAUUUCAAGUGGGAGCAGUUGUCUGCUGAGCAGAAAGCCAGGAGAACUGACCCCACCGAACCCAUUAAGACUCCCAUCAUUGCCGGAGGGCUGUUUGUGAUUGACAAGUCGUGGUUCAACCACCUGGGAAAGUAUGACACAGCCAUGGACAUCUGGGGUGGGGAGAACUUUGAGAUCUCGUUCCGGGUGUGGAUGUGUGGAGGGAGCCUAGAGAUUAUCCCCUGCAGCAGGGUCGGCCACGUCUUCCGCAAGAAACACCCCUACAUCUUCCCUGAGGGCAACGCCAACACCUACAUCAAGAACACCAGACGGACGGCGGAGGUGUGGAUGGACGAGUUCAAGCUCUUCUACUACUCUGCUCGCCCUGCAGCACGGGGAAAGUCCUACGGAGACAUUCAUAGCAGGGAAGAGCUCCGCAAGAGUCUCAAGUGCAAAUCCUUCAAGUGGUAUCUGGACAACGUCUACCCAGAGCUCAAAGUGCCAGAUGAUUCGGACUCUAAGUCAGGGGUGAUUCGUCAAAGACAGAAUUGUCUGGAGUCCCGUAGGGUGGAGGGACAGCACCUCUCCUCUCUCACACUGGCACCCUGCAUCGGAACAAAAGCUGUGCCAGCACUCAACCAGGAGUGGAUUUACACCCACGGGCAGCAGAUCCGUCAGCAGCAGCACUGCCUCUCUCUCUCCACCACCUUCCCUGCCUCCCAGGUCAUGCUCAUGCCCUGCAACAUCAGCGACGGGAAACAACGAUGGCAGAAGUCAGGCACCCACCUGGAGCACCUGGUCUCCCACUUCUGCCUGGACAGUGAAAUGGCCCUGGAAGGCAUCGAGAGCAGCAAGAUGCUGGUGAUCAGCCCCUGUGAACUGACAGCCUACACCCAGAGAUGGGAGAUGCCCUUCUCAUGAUCCAUCCACAACACAAGCCUUCCUGUAGAGGAGGACUACACUAUGAGCACUCACGACCUACUGCAGUGCUUACUAUAGCCAAGAGCUUUUAGAAAGAGAUAGAGAUGGAGGAGGUGGACACCGGCGUAAAGGGUAUUUUCGGUCACUGAGAUUAGUCUUUAUAAGAUCGCAUGGACUUGGACUGACGUCAGCACAUUCAAUUGCUCAACAAGACACUCAGCAGCAGUGGUGGAAAAAGUACUACAUUUUCAUACUUCAGUAAAAGUAAAGAUACAUUAAUAGAAAAUGACUCAAAUAAAAGUGAAAGUCACCCAGUAAAAUACUACUUGAGUAAAAGUCUAAAAGUAUUAGGUUUUAAAUGUACGUAAGUAUCAAAAGUAAAUGUAAUUGCUAAAAUAUGCUUAAGUAUCACAAGUAAAAGUAUAAAUCAUUGCACAUUCCUUAUAUUAAAGCAAACCAGAUGGCACUGUUUAAAAAUAAUAAUACAAUAUUUAAGGAUAGCCAGGGUCACACUCCAACACUCAGAUCAGAGGCAGUAGGGAUGUUCUCUUGACAAUUUCCUGUCCUGCUAAGCAUUCGAAAUGUAACAAGUACUUUUGGGUGUCAGUGAAAAUGUAUGGAGUAAAAAGUACAUUAUUUUCUUUAUGAAUGUAGUGAAGUCAAAGUAAAAGUUGUCAAAAAUAUAAAUAGUAAAGUACAGAUACCCCAGAAAACGACUUAAGUAGUACUUUAAAGUAUUUUUACUUAAGUACUUUACACCACUGCUCAGCAGGGCUGAAGUCAUGUAUUUUGGGCUAAUAUACUGUAAAUGGAAAUACAGGGGACACAAUUUUUCAUUGCUGUUGUCAUUGAAACACAUGUGGUCUGUCACUCACAACUAUUUUUCUAACUGCUGCUUCAAAUGUAGAAAUCCUGUCUUUGUAAUGACAUUUCAAUGGUGAUCUAAUAUGGGAUGGUUUGCAGCUAUGGUGGAAUUUGUGACAGCAAAUUGAAUGCACAUGUCAAAUGACAAUAUUUUUAUAUCCUAAUUUAGGAUUUGUGAAAAACAUUUAAUGAUUCCCAUUUCUUUUUAAUUGAAAUGGAGAUGAUCUUUACACAAAAUGUCUAUGAUCCUGAAAACACACAGAGACACACACACAGACUGUAAUAGCCAGUGCUGCGAUGUCAAAACUGGAAAUAAAAGAAAUACAGAACAUUUCUGUUAUUAUUUUUGUGUUCGUCAGUGAUACCAAUUGGAGUGGUCCCCUCUACCACACGGAACCCCACUAAUCUAUCGACGGAAACGCACGAGAUGGCUAAAAACAGAUCCUCUGCCAGCUUGCUACCCAUGGCCCGGCUAGCUGUCUGAAUCGCCGUGACCCCAACCAACCUCACUACUCACUGGACCCUUAUGAUCACUCGGCUAAGCAUGCCUCUCCUUAAUGUCAAUAUGCCUUGUCCAUUGCUGUUCUGGUUAGUGUUUAUUGGCUUAUUUCACUGUAGAGCCUCUAGCCCUGCUCAUUAUACCUUAUCCAACCUUUCGGUUCCACCACCCACACAUGCGAUGACAUCACCUGGUUUCAAUUAUGUUUCUAGAGACAAUAUCUCUCUCAUCAUCACUCAAUGCCUAGGUUUACCUCCACUGUAUUCACAUCCUACCAUACCUUUGUCUGUACAUUAUACCUUGAAGCUAUUUUAUCAACCCCAGAAACCUGCUCCUUUUACUCUCUGUUCCAGACGUCCUAGACGACCAAUUCUCAUAGCUUUUAGCCGUACCCUUAUAUACUCCUCCUCUGGUGAUGUAGAGGUGAAUCCAGGCCCUGCAGUGCCUAGCUCCACUCCAAUUCCCCAGGCGCUCUCUUUUGAUGACUUCUGUAACAGUAAUAGCCUUGGUUUCAUGCAUGUUAACAUUAGAAGCCUCCUCCCUAAGUUUGUUUUAUUCACUGCUUUAGCACACUCUGCUAACCCGGAUGUCCUAGCCAUGUCUGAAUCCUGGCUUAGGAAGACCACCAAAAACUCUGAAAUCUCCAUCCCUAACUACAACAUUUUCAGACAAGAUAGAACGACCAAAGGGGGCGGUGUUGCAAUCCACUGCAGAGAUAGCCUGCAGAGUUCUGUCCUACUAUCCAGGUCUGUACCCAAACAAUUUGAACUUCUACUUUUAAAAAUCUCCUCUCUAAAAACAAAUCUCUCACCAUUGCCGCCUGCUAUAGACCACCCUCUGCCUCCAGCUGUGCUCUGGACACCAUAUGUGAACUGAUUGCCCCCCAUCUAUCUUCAGAGCUCGUGCUGCUAGGUGACCUAAACUGGGACAUACAUAAAACCCCGGCCAUCCUACAAUCUAAGCUUGAUGCCCUCAAUCUCACACAAACUAUCAAUGAACCUACCAGGUACCACCCCAAAGCCGUAAACACGGGCACCCUCAUAGAUAUCAUCCGAACCAACUUGCCCUCUAAAUACACCUCUGCUGUUUUCAACCAAGAUCUCAGCGAUCACUGCCUCAUUUCCUGCAUCCGUAAUGGGUCAGCGGUCAAACGACCUCCACUCGUCACUGUCAAACGCUCCCUGAAACACUUCAGCGAGCAGGCCUUUCUAAUCGACCUGGCCCGGGUAUCCUGGAAGGAUAUUGACCUCAUCCCGUCAGUAGAGGAUGCCUGGUUAUUUUUUUUUAAAUGCCUUCCUCACAAUCUUAAAUAAGCAUGCCCCAUUCAAGAAAUUUAGAACCAGGAACAGAUAUAGCCCUUGAUUCUCUCCAGACCUGACUGCCCUUAACCAACACAAAAACAUCCUAUGGCGUUCUGCAUUAGCAUCGAACAGCCCCCGUGAUAUGCAACUUUUCAGGGAAGUUAGAAACCUCUAUACACAGGCAGUUAGAAAAGCCAAGGCUAGCUUUUUCAAACAGAAAUAUGCUUCCUGCAACACAAACUCAAAAAAGUUCUGGGACACUGUAAAGUCCAUGGAGAAUAAGAAAACCUCCUCCCAGCUUCCCACUGCACUGAGGUUAGGAAACUCUGUCACCACCGAUAAAUCCACUAUAAUUGAAAAUUUCAAUAAGUAUUUUUCUACAGAUGGCCAUGCUUUCCACCUGGCUACCCCUACCCCGGUCAACAGCACUGCACCCCCCACAGCAACUCGCCCAAGCCUUCCCCAUUUCUCCUUCCCCCAAAUCCAGUCAGCUGAUGUUCUGAAAGAGCUGCAAAAUCUGGACCCCUAACAAAUCAGCCGGGCUAGACAAUCUGGACCCUUUCUUUCUAAAACUAUCUGCCAAAAUUGUUGCAACCCCUAUUACUAGCCUGUUCAACCUCUCUUUCGUGUCGUCUGAGAUUCCCAAAGAUUGGAAAGCAGCUGCGGUCAAUCCCCUCUUUAAAGGGGGGGACACUCUUGACCCAAACUGCUACAGACAUAUAUCUAUCCUACUCUGCCUUUUUAAGGUCUUCGAAAGCCAAGUCAACAAACAGAUUACCAACCAUUUCGAAUCCCACCGCCCCUUCUCCGCUAUGCAAUCUGGUUUCAGAGCUGGUCAUGGGUGCACCUCAGCCACGCUCAAGGUCCUAAACGAUAUCUUAACCGCCACCGAUAAGAAACAAUACUGUGCAGCCGUAUUCAUUGACCUGGCCAAGGCUUUCGACUCUGUCAAUCACCACAUCCUCAUCGGCAGACUCGAUAGCCUUGGUUUCUCAAAUGAUUGCCUCGCCUGGUUCACCAACUACUUCUCUGAUAGAGUUCAGUGUGUCAAAUCGGAGGGCCUGUUGUCCGGGCCUCUGGCAGUCUCUAUGGGGGUGCCACAGGGUCAAAUUUUUGGGCCGACUCUCUUCUCUGUAUACAUCAAUGAUGUCGCUCUUGCUGCUGGUGAGUCUCUGAUCCACCUCUACGCAGACGACACCAUUCUGUAUACUUCUGGCCCUUCUUUGGACACUGUGUUAACAACCCUCCAGACGAGCUUCAAUGCCACACUCCGUGGCCUCCAACUGCUCUUAAAUACAAGUAAAACUAAAUGCAUGCUAUUCAACCGAUCGCUGCCUGCACCUGCCCGCCCGUCCGGCAUCACUACUCUGGACAGUUCUGACUUAGAAUAUGUGGACAACUACAAAUACCUAGGUGUCUGGUUAGACUGUAAACUCUCCUUCCAGACUCACAUCAAACAUCUCCAAUCCAAAGUUAAAUCUAGAAUUGGCUUCCUAUUUUGCAACAAAGCAUCCUUCACUCAUGCUGCCAAACAUACCCUCGUAAAACGAACCAUCCUACCAAUCCUCGACUUCGGCGAUGUCAGUUACAAAAUAGCCUGCAAUACCCUACUCAAUAAAUUGGAUGCAGUCUAUCACAGUGCCAUCCGUUUUGUCACCAAAGCCCCAUAUACUACCCACCAUUGCGACCUGUACGCUCUCGUUGGCUGGCCCUCGCGUCAUACUCGUUGCCAAACCCACUGGCUCCAGGUCAUCUACAAGACCCUGCUAGGUAAAGUCUCCCCUUAUUUCAGCUCGCUGGUCACCAUAGCAGCACCCACCUGUAGCACACGCUCCAACAGAUAUAUCUCUCUGGUCACCCCCAAAACCAAUAUCCUCCUUUGGCCACCUCUCCUUCCAGUUCUCUGCUGCCAAUGACUGGAACGAACUACAAAAAUCUCUGAAACUGGAAACACUUAUCUCCCUCACUAGCUUUAAGCACCAGCUGUCAGAGCAGCUCACAUAUUACUCCACCUGUACAUAGCCCAUCUAUAAUUUAGCCCAAAUAACUACCUCUUCCCCUACUGUAUUUAUUUAUUUAUUUUGCUCCUUUGCACCCCAUUAUUUCUAUUUCUACUUUGCACAUUCUUCCACUGCAAAUCUACCAUUCCAAUGUUUUACUUGCUAUAUUGUAUUUACUUCGCCACCAUGGCCUUUUUUUGCCUUUACCUCCCUUAUCUCACCUCAUUUGCUCACAUUGUAUUUAGACUUAUUUUUCUACUGUAUUAUUGACUGUAUGUUUGUUUCACUCCAUGUGUAACUCUGUGUUGUUGUACGUGUCGAACUGCUUUGCUUUAUCUUGGCCAGGUCGCAAUUGUAAAUGAGAACUUGUUCUCAACUUGCCUACCUGGUUAAAUAAAGGUUAAAUAAAAAAUAAAUAAAUCAAUUCAUGUAAA